CCAUUCUCAGACCGGCGAGACGCUCAGAGGCGCGCGAGCACGAGCACGAGUCAGAGAAGAGACGCGUAAAGUUUCCUCGUCUUCCCUCAGAAUAACCCCGACUUCUGCGAAGAUAUUCACGCUCUUUGAUGCUGAAGUGUUUGUGCUGAACUGGACUUUGUAUCGGAUCUCAUCCAUCACCGCCGGGAGCAUCUUCAUCAUCUUCAUCUUCAUCAUCGCCGGAUCACCGGGCGCGCGCAAGGAUGUCUGAAUACAGCUCGCUGUUGAGUGAUCUGUCUGAGAACAUCACUAAUGAAGACCUGGAGCAGCUGAAGUCGGCCUGUAAAGACGACAUCCCCGAAGACCAGAGCAACGCCAUCACCUGCUCCAAAGACUGGUUCAGUUACCUGGAGAAGAAUGACAAACUGGCACAAGAUAACCUGUCCUACAUAGAGCACAUCUUUGAGAUCUCGCGGCGGCCGGACCUCUUGACCAGAGUCAUCGAGUACCGCACGACCGUGCUGAAGAUCUCCGAAGACGACGAGAUCGACACCAAACUCACACGCAUCCCCUCGGCUAAGAAAUACAAGGAUAUAAUUCGCCAACCAUCAGAAGAUGAGAUCAUCAAACUGGCCCCUCCUCCCAAAAAAGCAUGAGGUCAUACUGCUCCUACUCCCUGGCACUUCAUCUUGCCCAUCAUCGUCACCAAACCACGCCCACUGCCCCGCCCACUCCACCGAAUAGAAGCCAAGCAGCCAAUCAGAUCGCCAAGAUGCUUUCCAGCCACGCCCACGCCACGGAGGCACAGAUGAACUGAACGAAAGACAAAGAAAUGGACCAAAAGUCUUGCAGAAGUGAACAGGUCAUAGGUCAGGUUGUGUGUGGGAAUGAAAAACGAUCAUUCUGUGUUCGCUGACGCUUGUGUGGAAUAGUGUAUGUGUGAGAGAGAGUUCAUUCACACCCUCAACAGCGUUGAGUGCGAUCGUCACGUCGGUCAGACCAACGCUGUUCAUGUCUUAAUGUGGAGAAACCAGUUUAGCCACUGAUCGCUGUUCCUUUAGACACAUUUAUUCCUGGUUAGUAUCGUGGGUAGACUCCAGGUCGGUACAUUCCCUUUAAAACACGACUCACAUCAACAUUUAAAAGUGUUACAGAGAAUCCGUCUCUGAAUUUGUGUGAUUGCCACUUAGAAAGCCAAUAUUUGCCUUCUUUAGAAAUGAAAUGCAUUAUUGCAGGGUAUGCAGUUACCUAGUAGAGAAUUAAUAUUGCUUUUAAUAUGUCUGUAUGUCAUACUUCUACGAAAUAUAGUUUAUUAAAGGAUCAGUUAUAGAAUAA